GUGUUGAGCCAUGUUGACGAUAAUGGCUAUGAGGUGCCAAUAGCCUAUGGCUCUCGAACAAUGACAGCUGCAGAAAGGAACUAUGCACAGACGGACCGAGAGGCCUUGGCUAUAGGUUUUGGCAUUAAGAAGUUCCACAAGUUUAUCUAUGGCCGUUAUUUUCGCAUUGUGACUGAUCAUAAGCCUCUGCUGGGUUUAUUGCACCAUGCAAAACCAAUGCCCCAAGUUUUGUCACCAAGGAUGUUACGAUGGUCACUAAUGCGCUCUGCAUAUGACUAUGAAUUAGAGUAUAGGCCCGCACGAAGCCUCAGAAAUGCAGAUGCCCUUAGUCAACUACCUGCAGCAACAGAAACGAGCUCAACUGAUAAAAAGCUGGGCGAAGUGCGAAUGCUGGAGUCAGCGCCAGAAAUUGCUUGGGACGCCCACAGGAUCGCCCAGUGCACACGGAGCGACCCAACCUUAGCUAGAGUUCAACGUUGGGUCGUGAAUGGUUGGCCUCAUGGAAAACUGGAGGAGGAAUUCAAGCCAUUUGUUCGUCGGCAGCACGAACUUUCAGAGUACCAUGGCUGUCUUCUGUGGGGCUGCAGGGUGGUUGUUCCGAACCAAGCAAGAAGUCGUGUUUUAGAGUUGCUGCACAGCACACAUCCUGGUAUUGUGCGCAUGAAAGCCUUGGCGCGAAACACAGUCUGGUGGCCAGGAAUCGACGGAGACAUCGAGAAAAAGGUCCGAGCUUGUCAGCGCUGCCAAGAGACAAGGCCAGAACCACCACGUGCAAGGCUGCAUCCCUGGGAGUAUGCAAAGAACCCAUGGUCGAGGAUCCACAUUGACUUUGCAGGACCAUUCCAUGUUUUCCUCCUAGUGGUCGAAGCGCGCUCCAAAUGGUUGGAAGUGCUUCCUCUAAAAUCCAUGUCAUCGGCAACUGUGUGCCGCAAGUUACGUGCAUUGUUUGCAGUACACGGUGUUCCGGACACCGUCGUGUCGGACAAUGGAACAGCAUUUUGUUCGGAGGAGUUUCAAGUGUUCAUGCACGACAACCAGAUUCGACAUGUCCGAGUGGCACCUUACCACCCAUCUUACAAUGGUCAGGUUGAACGCAUGGUGCAGGAAACAAAGCAGGUUCUGAGACGCAUGUGUGGUUUAGACAUGGACACUAAACUGCCUUGUUUCUUGUUAAGCCAACAUGUUCUGACACACUCAACAACAGGCAAGAGUCCUGCUGAAAUGCUGAUGGGUAGAAGACUCCACACUGCGCUAGACAAGCUGCACCCAGACCUGAUGGAUAAACAGAAAAAACUGUCUCAACAAAGCAACCAGAAAGUGCGAUACUUUGAGUGUCAACAGCCCGUGUUCGUCCGAAAUUACCUAGAGGGUCCAAAGUGA